CUAAUACUGAAAUGUUCAAGUAAAGUUGUGUGCUUCCAUAUAGUCACUUCAUCAUACAAUUUCAGAUGAGUUUUGAGGGGAGUGUUGAAUGACCUGUGGCAUUCUUCUAAGAUGAACACCUCAGAUUCACUCAACGCGAGCCAUGGGGUUCUGUGUUCUCCUGAGCCUCAGCACAUAUCUCUAGCUGUGAUCCUCUGUCUGGUCUAUCUGCUGGGUCUUCUGCUCAAUGGAUUCAGCCUUUGGGUCUUCACCUGCCGCAUUCACAGUUGGACCUCUGGUGUCGUUCUCCAGUUCAAUCUGGCUCUAUCUGACGCCAUCAUUGCUCCACUUACUCCACUGAUGGCGGUGUACUUCGCCAGUGAUAGCAACUGGGUUUUUGGGAAUUUCACCUGCCAGCUGAAGAUCGCCGUACUCAGCAUUCACUUCAACGGCAGUGUGAUCUUCCUCACGCUCAUUAGCGUUCAUCGAUAUAUGUCUGUGGUUCACUUCAACCGCUCCUCGUUGAUAAAAAGGAAGGUUUUUGUGAAGAAGCUGUGUGCUGGGAUUUGGUGUUUUCUCAUAAUAUCUGGCAUUUUCUAUGGAUGGAUGUUUCCUGUAACCACUGAAGAUAAUCACGGGCAGUGUCUUACUAUUCAUCAGAAAAAGCUGAUAGAUGCUUACUUCAUUAUUAACUUUUUGAUUUUCUUCUUUUGGUGUAUUUUACCCUUAACUAUAUCAGUGUUUUGCUACAGUCGCCUGGCGAGCUCAGUGUCCCGCAUUAACAUCAGUUCUGCUCAGGGCCAAUCAGCCAAGACUAAGUCAAUGAGGAUGAUAGGGAUAUGUCUGUUAAUAUUUGGCCUUUGCUUUCUUCCUCUCAAUGUUGUUCGGACUAUCGGAGUAGUCGUGAAAAAGUACUAUCCUAGUAAAUGCAGACUUCUGUUGCAGUUGGAAACAGCAUAUUAUGCAUGCUAUAUAUUGGCAGGAAUCAACUGCUGCUUGGACCCACUUAUCUACUUCUUUGGCUCACGUAAUUUUAUCAGAGCAUUCAGGAGAUCUCUUAGGGUAAUAGGGGUCAGACGCAAUGUUGAAAACAACAGUGAUUCAGAAACAGUAAGUCAAACUGCAAAGAGAAAUGUAACUUUUACUGUCUCUUAGGCAAGUCAACAUGAAGUUGUGAUAAAACUUUCCGACCUCAAGCUAGUGGUGUGUCAUCAGGGAUGUCGUUGCAAGGGUAAGUUAAAGGAUUAGUUCACUUCUAAAAUGUACAGAUAAUUUACAAAGCCCCUUGUCAUCCAAUGAUGUUCAUGUCUUCCUUUCUUCAGUCG